AUGCACUGCCGGCCGUUCUGCGGCACUAAUAUUCCUAUUUCUUCUUCCCUUUUGCAUUUUGUUCGUUCCGGUUAUAUCACAACUUCAAACUAUCAAACUACUGCUCCUUCGCUUUAUCACCAUUAUGAUCAAACACCACCUCCACCAGUUGUAGUAAGGCAUCGUCGACGAUUAGAGGAUCCAAUAACAAAUUAUGCUUCAAACUAUUAUGUUACGUUUCCUUGUCAGAUGACUCAGCUAUCACCACGACAGUCUACAUCGCCAUCAUUGCAACCACUUUCAUUGUCACAACCCAAUCAAACUAUUUACGACAGAUCAAGGCAUGACGACAUUUAUUGUGAUCUUUUUAAUCUACUCGAAUGUCCUUCUCCACCAACACCACCAUUAACUAAACAAAGACGAAAAUAUAAAUCAAAUGAUUAUAGUCCGUGUCGUCAGCACUGCCGUAUGGAUAUAGAAAAUCUUCAUACUAAAGUGAAAUGUACGAAUGAUCGAAAACGGCAACAUCAAAAAUAUAAUUAUUAUAAAGAAAAAAAACGUCAAGAUGAUAAAUUAUCAUCCAUAGAACAAUAUGAGCGAUCACCAGAAAAAACGAAGAAAGUUAACAAUAUUUAUCCAGGACGUGCGUCAAAUAGAGGAUUUUUUCGACGAGUGGUACGCAAUUAUUUUUGUCUGCCAUCGACACUUGCUAAUAAUGGGUACUCCAGUUAG